AUGGCUGCAUCGAUUUCCAUCAAGAGGCUUCUAUUAGAAUCCUCAGAACCAGCCUCUACUAGCAUGAACUUGCAUCCAAAACAAACGCAAGACGCACAUACUUCUUCUUCUUCUUCUCCAUCAUCAAAAUCUACUCGUACCAAGUUUGGAGCUGAGGCUCAUGAAGUUCCUAGUGGUCCAAACCCUAUAUCAAACAGUGCACCAUUAAUACUUCUUGUCCUCAGUGAGAGGUUUGUUUCCUUGUUGUUAUGUCAUCAUCCUUAG